CCGUCCUCUUGGUCUGCUCAAUUUGCAACGACGACUUGGAUAUCACACGCCGGCGGAUGGUUUGGAAGGACCUAUAAAAGGCAAAUUUUGUCAGAGUAGAAUCAUUCUCAGCAUUCAGUUGAAGAUACUCACAAGCAAAAUGAAGGCUUUCGUCGCUGUCCUCGCUCUCGCCUCUUUGGCUCUCGCUGAUCCCACCGCCAAGGCUGAGGCUGAUCCCGCCUACUUGUACGGCGGCUACGGUUAUGGCUACGGUUUGGCUCAUGCCUCUCCCAUCGCCGCCGCCGUGGCCCCUGCCGCCUACACCGUGUCCAAGACCGUCAGCCCUGUGGUGAGCUAUGCUAAUGCCCCCGUGUACAGCACCGCCCACGCCGUGGCUAGUGUGCCCGCCGUCUCUGCUCUUCCCGCUGUGGCUGCUGCUCCCAAUGUGUACAACUUGGGAUACAACAACUUGGGAUACAACUUGGCUUACAACAACUUGGGAUACAACAACUUGGCUGGAUUUGCUGGCCUUCCCUAUGCCAAUGUUGCCUAUAACCAUGGUCUUUUCAAGCGUGAGGCCGAGGCCGAGCCCGAGGCUGAUGCUGAGGCCGCCUACUACGGUUACGCCGCCUACGCUGGUCUGGCUCCUCGUGCUUAUAGCCCCUAUGGUCUGUACAACGGCUACCGUGCUGCUUACCAACCCUACGCCGCUUAUUCCGGUGUGUCCGCUUAUGCCGCUUAUCCCAGAGCCCUUGGAUAUGCUGGUCUCGCCAGACCUUAUGGUUAUUACUACUAAGCACUCUUCUGCCCAGUCAAUGCAACUCAGCUCCGCCUCAAGAUCAGCCAAAGACAACGACAGCCCUUCAAUCUGCUCAUCCUCAACUGAAUGCUAAAAAAUGUUCAGUGUCCCCGAGGUCUUGCUUGAGUUUUCGAACCCAAGAAAGAGCCUCUGGAUAGGAACUGAGAAUCAAAACCAAUUUUGUGCAAUUUUGCCCCAACACACACUUGGACAAAAGAUUGUUUCUUAUCCAAAGAAAUAAAAUCAAAAAGCAUA